AUGGGACAGCCAGGAAGGGGAGCCUCAUCGAACCCUGGAGGAACAGCUGCGACUACAAAUCAGUCCAGCACCCUCGAGCGGUUCAAGCAUGCGUGCUCCGAAUGCCAAAGGAGGAAGCAAAAAUGCAAUCGGAUAUACCCUUGUAUACAUUGCCAAAGCCGGGGAGCCGAACGGCUUUGCAAAUACAUAGAAAAGCCUUGCAACGAUAGCUCCAACAAUAACAUUGCCAGUGGCAACGUUGAUUCCCUUGGACAGAAUAGUGCCGCUGUGGGCUCAGAGAGCUCAGAUCGUCUUUUACCUGGGCUGUCUGGUGACGACGACCUUACGCUGCCUUCCUUGGAUGCAGAGGUAUCGCCGCUCCUUGAACUACCGGAUUUGCUGAUGAAGAAAAAUGGCAUACUUACACGUAAAUUCUCAAAUUGUCAUUGCCCAUUCAUAGAUGCACUCGCCCUGAGCUUUUUCCAAAACGUAAACCCGCACUAUGGCAUGAUUCACAGAACCGACUUUGGCCGCGAGUACAACCGUUGGUGGAAAAAAAAGGACGCCAAUAAGCCGUUACCAGUUCCCUGGACUUGCUUGCUAUUGAUGAUAUGCGCGUGCGCCUGCCAGCAUUUGCCCAUCGAUAUACAGAAGAAACUUGAGAAAAUGCUCGGUGCCAGCUGCCAGGAACUUACCGAGUCUUUCCAUUAUUCAGCGCGAUAUCUCUAUAGCUCCAUGCCUGCUGAUCGUCACCACAAGAACAAUGUCUUGUGGAUGUUGCAUUCAACAUAUUGGUACAAGGCCGAGGCCAUGUUUGCUGAGGCUUGUCAUGUUUUCUAUACAGCUGUUCGCGAAGCCCAAGUACUCGGUAUGCCGUCUUAUCACGUAAUUUAUGGUGUGCCGAACUUUGAGCUCGAAAUACGGCGGAGAGCUUGGUGUGUAAUAGAUUCGUGGGACUGGCAAAUAGCUUCCGGACUUUGCCGAAAAACGAUGAUCGAUCACAGCGCGUGCAGUGGGAAACGCCCGUCGCUGACGUUGGAACGGGACGGGGAGUUUUCUCCCCUGAUGCACAUGAACAUGCAAUCGGAUCUGAUCCACAGAUUGGCUGGGCGCUUCCCAUCCCCAUCUCAAGUCCAAACGCGCAGUGAGAUCAUGGAAUACAAAGACAUGAUUGACGAAUGGAUGCUGAAUUUCCCUCCCAUAUUUGCGUUGGUCGACCCGGACACGUCAAACGACAAGAGGCAGGCUUGGAUCGAGUAUCACCGCCACUACAAUUACACCAUGGGAUAUAUGAUGGUCCUUAACCCAUUCCGCCCACAUAUGGCGCUGCCUUACAACGACAAGUCUUCCGAGGAGGAGCUAGAGCUCCGAAGGAUUGCUGUUGAUUUGACGUUGCACUUAGUGCAAGUCCUGGAUAACUGGCUUAAAUUUCUCACCUUUCGGGACGGGCGAUUCCACUUCAUCAUCUUUUCUCUUGUUGAUGCCGCAACCGUGCUGAGCAACAUGGUGCUCAAUGAUAAAACUAAUACACUUCCUCGCCGGGACGAUGUUUACCGCACUAUUAAGACUGCUCUGGUGCUCCAGAGGAAGCUCUACUUCCUUUCAGACUCUGCCAAACUAGGAUUUAGAAUGGUUCAGAGAAUUGCUAGA